AUGGUACAGAAACACUCCACCCAUGUUCCCUCUGUCGGCUGCAACGCAAGCAAAAAGUCUAUCAGACCAAAAUCCAACCCGACACCACUUAAUGUCACAUCAGCCUCCUCUGCCAACUAUGAGCCGGAGCACUGUCUUGAGGUGAUAGCUAAAGAUUCAGCCAAGAAAGAUCCCAAAUCAACCACCGACCGGAUUUGUAUUCGCGUUCUCGACGUUAAUGACAAUGAUCCGAUUUUCAAGCAUAUUUUUGGGAUA